AUGUCGUCGCCAUCAGAAGACCAACGUAGUGGGGGCGUUCCCAUGAGUCUAGGGCAUAAGGCAUACCUCGAAGACAAAGAAAGAGAAGCUGCUCGACAACAGGCCGCUUCAGCACCAAGAGCACAGAAGGUACUGUUCAAAUUCAGCGAUGAAGAUGUGCCCCGGCUAACAGCCAGCAAGGCCACAUUCGAUGAUCUUGCGCCAAAGUGGGCUUGGAUCCUGAAUGGCAAAGGGGGCGUCGAGCCUGUCCCAAUCAUCGAGGACUCAGGCACCACGGAGAACUUCAUUUCACCUGCGCAAGUCGAGCAAUUUGGGUUCGGAACCAGGUCCACCACACCGAGAUUGUUCACCCAGGUAUCCGGAGACGGCUUCGUUGUGCGCGAGCUGGUCGACGUGAUCUGGUACAGCAACAAUGUACAGGAGACAACACACUUCUACGUCGCCCCACCCGAGAUACCGUAUGGGAUGGUUGUUGGGAGGGACUUCAUUCAGGAGCAUCCCGGUGCCCUCAUGGACCAAAAGCCAGCCGAAGCCAUGAUGCUCACCGUCCAGGCAAAAGCAAAGGUAAACAGCAUCCGCUGA